AUGACUCAUAGGGACUCGCAGUCGCCCCUCGGCGUCCACGGCGAUGCGCCGUUAACGGCAGAGCCGCCGCGCUGCUCCUUCCAUCCGCCGCUCCCUCCACCACCGGACCCCCACCACCGGACCCCCACCACCAGAGCCCCCCCCACCCCCACCCCCCUCCCGGAGCUGCGUCUCCGCCCGCUGGCGCUGCUGAAAUCCGCACCACUGAAAUGGAGACACAAGAGCAUCGCUCUUCCAUCUAGACGGGGGGAGUCUCACCUCACGCAGUCACGGUUCCUGCUCCUGCAGAAGACGGGGGGCACAAUGAGCGAGGAGCCACCGGUCACCCCCGACUGGCUGAGCCCUGACCCCACGGCGUGGGCCAGCGGGGGCGGGGGCCCCACGGACAACGGCACCGGCUUGGGGACGUUCCCGUCCGGGGACCCGCUGGCCCCCGGCCGGCUGCCGCUGCUGGUCAACCCCUGGGACAUCGUGCUGUGCUCGUCCGGGACGCUGAUAGCCUGCGAGAACGCGCUGGUGGUGCUGGUCAUCUGGCAGAACCCGGCGCUCCGGGCCCCCAUGUUCCUGCUGAUCGGCAGCCUGGCCCUGGCCGACCUGCUGGCCGGCCUGGGCCUGGUGCUCCACUUCACCUGUGCCUACCUGCUCCGCUCCGACUCGGCCCAGCUGCUGACCGUGGGCCUGGUGGUGGCCUCCUUCUCGGCCUCCGUCUUCAGCCUGCUGGCCAUCACCAUCGACCGCUACCUGUCGCUCUACUACGCCCUGACCUACAACUCGGAGCGGACGGCGGCCUUCACCUACACCAUGCUGGUGCUGCUGUGGGGCCUGUCGCUGUGUCUGGGCCUGCUGCCCGUCACCGGGGUCAACUGCCUGGCGGAGGAGGCCACGUGCAGCGUGGUGCGGCCGCUGACCAAGAACAACGUGGCCGUGCUGUCCGUCUCCUUCCUGCUGCUCUUCGGCCUCAUGCUGCAGCUCUACGUGCAGAUCUGCAAGAUCGUGAUGCGCCACGCCCACCAGAUCGCGCUGCAGCACCACUUCCUGGCCGCCUCGCCGCACUACGUCACCACGCGGAAGGGCGUGUCCACGCUGGCCAUCAUCCUGGGCACCUUCGCCGCCUGCUGGAUGCCCUUCACCGUCUACUCGCUGAUCGCCGACUACACCUACCCGCCGCUCUACACCUACGCCACGCUGGUGCCCGCCACCUACAACUCCGUCAUCAACCCCGUCAUCUACGCCUUCCGGAACCAGGAGAUCCAGAAGGCGCUGUGGCUGGUGUGCUGCGGCUGCGUGCCGGCCGGCGUGGCCCACCGCGCACGGACGCCCAGCGACGUCUGAGCCCGCAGACCCGG